AUGACCACCGGCUUCAGAAAGACCCUGUGGUACAAAGAGUGCCUCAAGCUCUUCUUCAGACCAGAUCUUGAGACCUUGAAAGGCUACUUUCCUCGCGGGCUCAGGUUGAUGGAAUCUUCACAGGCGUGUUGUCACUCCAUUGAGGCUGCCUCUCCCCCGAGUAUUGGAGAGCCAUGUGAGAGGAGGGCUGAGGAAGAGACUGAGUUCUUCAUGCUGCGGGAGCUGGGGCCCGCUUGGCAGCUGACUCCCUGGGAGCAGCUGGUUUUCAGCAACUUGAUCACAGAGGACACAGGAGCCCUGGAUCAGGCAAGUCUCCAGUCUCUCAGCCUGUGUAGCGUGUCAUCGUCAGGGGAGGAGGAAGAGGGGGAGGCGGCGGCAAGGUCGCAGCUGAGGCCGGCGCCGCCACGCUCCACGCCUGUGCCCCGGCGCCCAGCGNUCGCCAAGAACAAGAAGGUGGGCCUGCUCUACCGGCUGCUGCAGGUCUCCAUCCUGACCUACCUGGUGGUUUGGGUGUUCCUGGUGAAGAAGGGUUACCAAGACACGGACACCUCCCUGCAGAGCAGCAUUGUCACCAAGGUCAAGGGUGUGACCUUCACCAACACAUCUGAGCUCGGGGAACGGCUUUGGGAUGUUGCCGACUACGUCAUCCCACCCCAGGGAGAGAACGUCUUCUUCGUAGUCACCAACUUGAUCGUGACCCCCAACCAGCGGCAGGAAACCUGUGCUGAGAGUGAAAGCAUUCCGGAUGCCUGGUGCUACACAGACAGGGACUGUCCUCCUGGGGAGCCUGUUGUAGCUGGAAAUGGAGUGAAGACUGGCCGCUGCCUGCGGGUGGGGAGCAUGCAAAGGGGCACCUGUGAGAUCUUUGCCUGGUGCCCAGUGGAGACAAAGUCCAGGCCAGCGAAGCCACUCCUGGGCAAGGCUGAAGACUUCACCGUUUACAUAAAGAACUUCAUUCGUUUCCCCAAGUUCAACUUCUCCAAGACCAAUGUGCUGGACACCAAAGACACAGCUUUCCUGAAGUCCUGUCAGUUUGGCCCCAAGAACCCCUACUGCCCCAUCUUCCGACUGGGGUCUGUGGUCAGCUGGACGGGGAGCAACUUCCAGGAGAUAGCCCCGCAGGGUGGUGUGAUAGGAAUUCAGAUUGAAUGGGAUUGUGAUCUUGAUAAAGCUCCUUCUGAAUGCAACCCUCACUAUUCCUUUAGCCGUCUGGACAACAAAUUUUCAGAAAACUCAAUUUCCUCUGGGUACAAUUUCAGGUUUGCCAAAUAUUACCGAGAUGGAGCUGGAGUGGAGUUCCGCACCCUGAUGAAAGCCUAUGGGAUCCGCUUUGAUGUGAUGGUGAAUGGCAAGGCAGGGAAGUUCAGCAUCAUCCCCACGAUCAUCAACAUCGGCUCCGGGGUGGCGCUCAUGGGUGCUGGGGCUUUCUUCUGUGACCUGGUGCUUAUCUACUUCAUCAAGAAGAGCCACUUCUACCGGGACAAGAAGUACGAGGAAGUGAGGGUGACCUGGCUACCAGGCAGGAUGUCCAGGACCCAGGAGAGACCAUCCACGCUGGACUUUGUGGGGAGGGGGUGCUGUAGCCCCUCCAUUUUGUCUGUUAUUUCCUCCAUACCCCUAAGUCACCACAAAGCAGCCUGCUUGCUAUGCUCCCCCAGCAUUAAGACAACGGCAGUUCUACCGUUCACCGAGGCUCACUCUGCCUGGCACUUCUCCGAGCUCUUUGUCUGGCCACCUGGGCAACGGAAAGGUGAGUGUGGAGCCCCUACAGAACCUGCAGACCGUGGAGGCAUAGCCAGCGGUGUUGGCGGAGAGCAGAUUGGCUGACGAUGUUGGGGCGAACCGCCUGCAGCUCUGAACUGAAAAUGGUCUUUGUGUCUGAUGGGACAGGGGCUUCCAGGCAUGGCCGUCUCUUUAGCGCUUCGGGAUCCUGCUACGGAGCUUUUUGUUGCGUGUGUUGCGUGUGGCUGGGGUAAGGGAGCCCCCUAGUGGCGUGAGUGGCUCAGACCUACAAGAGGAGGCCUUGGAGAGGCAAGUGGGGGAAGGCCCGGGCUUGGGUGGUACUAGAGUGUUUUCAUCUUUCUGAGAACCUAGUUCGUUGUUCAUUCAUUCAUUCAUUCAUUCACACGAUGCACAUUAUUUGCUAUUCCCUCUGCCCUAUCCAAGAGAUGCUUAAAUGAGACGCUGACCUGGCCCUCAGGGAGGCGAGCCCAUGUGUCAUUCCCUCCAGAGCCAAUAGACAUCACAGUCAGCCUCAGCCACCCAGGCCUUCCUCCAGCCUCUAGCUGAGACUUUCACAAAUCCUCGUUGAGAAUAGUGGCUCCUCAGAGAACGACUUCGGCCAACAUCCAAGGGGACAUUUGGCCGUGCCCUCAGGGAUAAAACUUAAAGAUGGCCAAAGAGGCAUCCAGGAAAGGACUGGACAUGUAAGGAGGCAGCUGACCCUUGAGGGGAGAGGCAGCCUCUGAGGGCUUGCAGCCAAGGUGGGGAAGGGGAGGCAGGGAGGCCUCUGCUCCAGUCUACCUGCCCAGUCUCAGAAAGCUUUGGGCAUAAUGUCUCCCAAAUGGGAGAUCAUCUGCCUGUGUCAUUUUCUCUUGCAGCUGCGUGUCCCUACGUGGCUUCCCUCACUUUCUCCUCAAAGGCUGGGUCUGAAGAGCUAAUGAGGUAUAAUAGGUGGUACUCACUUGGCAGGUGGAAGCUGUUGUUAAUAGGGAGGCCCUCGGCCCUCACCCCAGCCUCUCCUUCCCACCCUACUCCAUCCACCCCCACGCUGCAGAACCCUGCUGCUUCCCCCGCUAGUGGCUGUACAGCCUCACUACUUCAAGUGUGGCCCAUGGACCAGUGGCAUCCCCUGAGCUUGUUGGAAAUGGCAGUGGCUGACCCCUCCUUCAUCCUACAUCAGAACCUGUGUUUCAACAAGAGUCCUAGGGGAUUGGUGUGAACAUUACUGUUUGAGAGCACUGGGUAGAGAUAGACACAGCCUGGUUCCGAGGGAGGAAAAGGCCAGCUUUGACAGGUGGUGCCAAUUUCUAGGUCAGACUUACACACAUUGCAUUCUCAGAGUAAGAGGAUUCCACCCCACUCCCACCCCGAGGAAAGUGGCAAGCUCAAUGUAUUUAAGUUAAAAUAUUUUGACUAGAUAAUACUUAUAUGAUUCAAAAACUAAAAGGUACAAAAGACUAUAGACAGUGAAAGACUUCCCUCCCAUCCCUGUUCCCCAAGGCAACCUGUGUUACCCAUUCCAAGAGGCUCUCGUGUUUUGCUGAACAUCUCCUUGGUUACUUGUGCCCUCACUCAGGAAAUGAACUUUCCUGAUACCUGCAACAUCAGACCGAGUCUCCUCUGUCAGAAAGGGACACGGUGGAGGACACUUGCGUACCGGGCUGGGGAGUCGGCUAGCUCAAUUCUCCCUCUCCCAGCGUCUGAGGAGUCCCUCUGUAAGCCCAAGCUAGGACUCAUCACUCGCUGUUGUUGAUCGCUCAGUAGCGAAGGCCUACAGUGCUUUGUGUGCACAGCUACCCGGACACUAGAGAGCGUCCUCUUUGGAUGUGCCCCCUCUGGGCCUCCCUCAAGUCUGAAGGGUUUGGUUCUCCUCUGCACACAGAGGAGGGGGGAAGCAUCCUUCCACCGGGGCCUUUGGAGAGGUCAGAGGGACUUGCAAGAAGCUGUGCCACGGGGGCAAAGAAGCAUGGUCUCCCAAACAGGAAGUUUGCUCCUUGUAGGGCAAGCAGCUCUCUCAUUCUGGGUUGGUAACCUGUCAACAAGCCCACUUGCUCUCUGAAUAGAAAGUGAAAAAUCUGGGUGAUCCACUAUGGUGUUCGCUUCCUCACUAAGGCACAUCCUAGCAUUUGAUAAUCUAGCAUGUUACUUUUAUGUUUGGGAGGAAGUAAAAAGGGGAG